AUGUCGUCACAGAGCGCUCGAGAAACCAUACAGGAGAGACGGCAUCGGCUCUCGUUAGUUCCACGGGCCUGCGAAGGGUGUAAAGUACGCAAAAUUCGCUGCGAUCGCAAAAUACCGUGUUCAAACUGCCAAGCAUCCAAAAUAACAUGUCGACAUCCAAACGACAGGUCAAGGAAUCAGCUCCAGACAGAUAGAAUAGCGCAUCUUGAGGGUCUCGUAGACAGCCUCGAUAAACGUUUCCGUGAAGUCGAGUCUAGACUCGCUGCAUUGCAAAGUCCAGAACUCAACUCGCGGGUCCAAAGUGUGUCCAAUCAGAAUAUCAUAACUGCGGAUCCUGGCCGUGUGGAAGGCUGUCAAGCCUUCGAAGGAGAUACUUCCUUCGCUAGUCAGUCACUUCAUGCAAGUAAUAUUGCUCAUAUUACGGCUCUCUCUGCUUCUAUAGGCAAUUACACCCCAGAUAUUGAGCACUCCAUUAAUCAUAUACGGAAAAGUCUCUACGAUUCACAAGAGUUAUCCAAGAAAGGCUUUUACUUGAGCAAAUCAUCACAGCAUGCGAUACAAGUAGAACCUAUUCCAGCUACGUUGGUUACCAGCCUUUUACGGCGAAUGAGAGCCCGUCAUCCUAUCUUUCUAUCCUCAUAUGCAAUAAGUGACCUUCAAGUGGUUGAGGAUCUCUGCCGAAGCGUCCUUUCUGGACCGAGCCGGGCAUCUGUCGGCCAGGUGGCCAGCAUGCAUGGUGUCCUAUUCUUUGUCCUCAAGGAGCUUAUAGCAAUGAAGGAUGAGCUCUGUCAGAGAUUUGACCUUACCACCCACCUUGAUCAUUGUGAGAAGGUCUUCGCAGCGACACUAGAAACAUAUGACGUACUCGCUGUCCCCAGCUUCGAAAAUAUACUUGCUUUAACAAUGGGUAUGGUCAAAGCCCAGGGCGAAGCAAAGCCCGCAUUAUACUGGACCCUAGUUUCUGCCGCUUCAACGCAUUGUCAAUCACUUGGAUAUCACCGCGAGACGACCUAUAGGAACAUUCUAUCCGGAAAGGCGGAUAACAUAAGAAGACUCUUCUGGACAAUAUACGUCUUUGAUAAGAACAUGGCUCUCUUGUUAGGCCGUGUCUCCAAUAUGCAGGGUGUCAAGAUUGACGUACGGCAUCCUGCGAUAUCAAUAGAUCCGGGUCGCCGAGCAUGGGAUGAAUCUUUCAUUAUGGGAAUCAGGAUGGCGGAAUUUCAAGACAAAAUAUUCACUAACCUCUACAAUCUUGCAACGUCAAUUAAGGAUCCAUCGGAGCGGACACAACUAAUUCAGAAUCUUGCAUCUGAUAUGGAACAAUGGCAUUCCCAACUUAAGAAGAUCGAUCCGGAAGGGGUCAACAACCUCCAAGUCUUCAACAUGUCCAGAACAAAUUGGGAUAUAUCCUUCUACUCCACCCUGACGAUGCUUCUCCAUGCAUCCUCGACGACAGGAGAGGAACUACAGAUAAACUCUCGUUGCUUCAACGCCGCCCGUAAUAGUUUAUUGGCUCAUCUCAAUUCAUUCCCCCAAUACCAAAGCUCAAAGCUUCUUUCAGACGGCGAAUACUUCAAUUGGAUUUUAUUAUUCUCAUCUCUAACCCCAUUCCUCGUGGUAUUCCUCCACGCCAUUUCUGCAAAAGACAUUCAGAGCAUUGAACUUCUUACACAAGUAAUCCGCAGCUUCGAGACGUUCCGAAAAGUCUCCCAAGGCGCGGAACGCCUAUAUCAGAUAUGCGCUACUUUUACCAACAUUGCCGAGAAACUUCUUCAAUCACAGCAACUGUCGGUAGGGAUAUACAAUGAAAAAGAUGACUCUCUCAGAUUGCCAGAUACACCUGGUGACACAUCGAUGUUCCACGCGGAAGAUUUGCAAAAUGUGCUUGACAUGGAUAAUGUGGAUGAAGCCACCUCGUUGUAUGCUACUGAACUUUUGAAUGAGUUUCUCAGUGGUGAGCCGUUUUUGUGGAAUAGGUUCGAUCUUGAAGUCGGGAAUGGUCAAUGA